AGAGGGGAGGGGUAGCCACGGGGCAGGCAGGCUGGUUGGCUCUCUCCAGCUCCGGCUGGACCUGGAGUGCUGGACCUGCGUCAGUCAGCCAGCUCGGCUCAGGCACGCCGCUCCAGCCCCACACCUCACCAUGGCCAUGGAGGUAGACAGCAGGCCUGGGGGGCUCCCCGGCACUGGUAGCGACCUGGGCGCAGCUCGCCAGCACAUGCAGGCGGUCACCAGAAACUACAUUACUCACCCCCGUGUCAGUGAGUAUGACCCCAGUGGGAUCAGGGAAGAGACACCCCCUACUGGGGAGGUGCCCGCAACCAAGUUCGCCCAGUAUGCUGAGAUCGUCAACUUCACCCUCCCCGAUGGGACUCAGAGGAGUGGGCAAGUGCUUGAGGUGUCUGGGAGCAAGGCAAUUGUUCAGGUAAGUGGUGCCAAUGAGAUGAGGACCCCUGACAGCCAUGGGGUGGGUGGGGAAGAGCAGGGUGGGAAGGAGGGAAAGUCUGGACCUUGCCUUCUGCCACACCUUCUGCGCCCCCAGAUCUACCCCCCCAUCAACGUGCUCCCUUCCCUGUCGCGACUGAUGAAGUCCGCCAUUGGUGAGGGCAUGACAAGAAAGGACCAUGGCGAUGUCUCUAACCAGCUGUACGCCUGCUACGCCAUCGGCAAGGACGUGCAGGCCAUGAAGGCCGUGGUGGGCGAAGAGGCGCUCACUUCGGAGGACCUGCUCUACCUGGAAUUCCUGCAGAAGUUCGAAAAGAACUUCAUCAACCAGGGCCCCUAUGAGAACCGCUCGGUGUUCGAGUCGCUGGACCUGGGCUGGAAGCUGUUGCGCAUCUUCCCCAAGGAGAUGCUGAAGCGCAUUCCGCAGAGCGUGGUCGAUGAGUUCUACUCCCGCGAGGGGGCGCCGCAGGACACCACGUCCGACACUGCAUUCUAGCCCCGCCCUCAGCACCGUCCUGGGACCCCUGCCCUCCGCAUCACGCCCAUGCACCCCUCUUCCCCCCACCGCCCCCCAUCCUGAAGGUUCCAUACACCUGAGCCAACCGCGCCACCCUCAGCCCCGCCUACGCCCCAUCCCUGUCCCCGGCUUCCUAGCGCUGGGAGAGAACAGAUUGUCAAGCCUGUGUUCUAAGUCUGGUUCUGACAGGAGCACUUGUAUUUGUAUUUUAAAAGCCCCCAAAUGAAAAGCAAUUGAGGUGAAGAGUU